AGAUGCUGAGUAGAGAGCGAAAGAGGGAGAGAGCGAGAAAGAGAGAGAGGAAAAAAUAAAAAACUCCAGAUUUGUCAUAAACCGAAAGAAAGAUCACACAUAAAUACUGUUAUGGAGCUUCACUCAAGCAUGCAUAUUUCCUUCUCAGACUGCUGUACACUACUCCUCCAAGAUGACUGUUUGGAAGCAGGCUCUCAUCCUUCUUUGUUGUGGACUGAUCUUCGUGGACUCUGCUCCGUCCCCGGUCCCCCCGAGAAAUAAAUAUAACAACUCUUUUCGUCUCACGAGGUCUGCCCGAUCCCGGGUCCAGCAGCUGCUGAAGAAAUAUAAGGAGGAGCAGUUGGGAAGUAAGCAUUUUGAGGACAGAAGCAGACAGUUAAAGGACCUGCCGCUGAUUUCGACAGAUUUCUACAGCUGGAUAAACCUGACGGACUGGGAACGGCUGCAUGCUGCUCUCAUGGACAUGCAGGCCUACUGGAAUAAGCUUGAGUGGAAGAGAAAACAGCUGGAGAAGGAGGAGAACGAGAACAUGGCGGUGCGCACCACUUUACCUCAGAGCAUCAGGCACAUUCAGCUGGAUCUGAGGGACCUGAUGAGCCAAGUCACCAGUCAGAUGAGUUACAUGAAGAGCUCUUGGAUGAGGCCGGCAUCUCUUAUGGCACAAAGACCCUUGAGCCCAGAGCCCAGCUCCAAAACAAUCUGGGACCGGCGAGUGGAGGGUUACAUCAUUCUGAGGGAUCUCGACCUUUACCUUACCAAGCUGGCAAGAGAUUUCCUCCUGCUGGCUUCCAAGACACAUGUAUGACUCAAUACUGAGAAGCACUGUCACCCUGAAAACACACGUGCUGCAGACAGACAGACAAAACAGAAGCUGAACCGACAAUUAGCACCAAGAGAAAAAAAAGACAAAAACAGCUGUGAUAACUUUAAUUUAACUUUAGUGAUGUGGUCAAAACUUUACAUUGAGCUCUAUUUUAAGCAUCUUCUAAUAUUUAAGGACUUUCUUGGGUAUUUCCCAAAGUUUCUCUCUCAACUCCCACUCUAGGUGAGCAAUGAGCUCACAUUACUGAGAGAACACUGUUAUUCCCCUUCAAGCUCUCUAUCUACCAGACAUUUCAAAGAUAUUUUUUUAUUAUUUAUUGACAUAUUUAUUGAAUACUAUUUAUUUCAAAGUGGUUUGUUUUAUUUCUAUUACAAGACAGAGAUACAAUGUUUUACAUAAGACUUUUUUGUAUUUGAUAGAUACAUAUAUGUGUGAAUGACAAUAAAGAGACUAAGCAUUUGGAACUGUGA